AUGCGAAUGGGAGAUACAACAACGAUACUCCACCUCGCCGUCGCCUCCCUCGCGGUGGCGCGGUCGCCGGACGACAGAGCCGGCUCGGGCGCGGUUCUGCGGUCCUUCCUUGCGUCCCUGCCGCCGGCGUCACGCCGCGUGCUCCGCCCGUCGUGGCGCGACGCCCCCGCCACGCACUGCGCGUUUCUUGGCGUCACGUGCGACGCGGCCGGCGCGGUCGCCGCGCUCAACCUCUCCGGGGCGGGGCUGUCCGGCGAGCUGGCGGCGUCCGCGCCGCGCCUCUGCGCGCUCCCGGCGCUCGCCGCGCUCGACCUCAGCCGGAACGGCUUCACCGGCGCGGUCCCCGCCGCUCUCGCGGCGUGCUCCCGCCUCGCCACGCUCGUCCUCAGCUUCAACAUGCUCGCCGGCGCCGUGCCCCCGGAGCUCCUCUCCUCGCGCCGGCUCCGGAAGGUCGACCUCAACAGCAACGCGCUCACCGGCGAGAUCCCAGCCGGUCUCAUCGACUCCUCAGUUCUUGAGUACCUCGACCUCAGCGUCAACUCCCUCUCCGGGACCAUCCCGCCGGAGCUCGCCGCCGCGCUCCCGGAGCUCACCUACUUGGACUUGAACAGCAACAACCUGUCCGGGCCAAUGCUGGAGUUCCCGGCGCGGUGCGGGCUCGUGUACCUCAGCCUCUACUCCAACCAGCUCACCGGUGAGCUCCCCCGCAGCCUCGCCAACUGCGGCAGCCUCACCGUCUUGUAUCUACCCUACAACAAAAUCAGCGGCAAGGUGCCCGAUUUCUUUGCCUCCAUGCCUAACCUGCAAAAGCUCUACCUUGAUGAUAAUUCCUUCACCGGGGAGUUGCCGGCAAGCAUUGGUCAGCUUGUCAAAUUGGAAGAAUUGGCGGUGUCCACAAAUGCGUUCACGGGCUCUGUCCCUGCGGCAAUUGGGCAGUGUCAAUCUCUGACAGUGCUCUACUUGAAUGGCAACAUGUUUACUGGUCCAAUUCCAAAGUUCAUUGGUAACUUGAGUCAAUUGCAGGUAUUAUCUAUUGCAGACAAUGGCUUUACCGGUGAAAUUCUGCCGGAAAUUGGGAAAUGCCGCGGAUUGGUGGAACUUCAACUCCAGAACAACAGCCUUUCUGGGAUGAUACCGCCAGAGAUCGGUGAGCUCAGGCAACUACAGAAGUUGUAUCUGUUUAAUAACAUACUCCAUGGCCUGGUUCCUCCAGCAUUGUGGCAAUUAUCUGACAUGGUGGAGCUGCUACUCAACAACAACAGUCUCAGUGGUGAGAUACAUUCAGAUAUCACUCAAAUGAAGAAUCUAAGAAAUAUCACCUUGUAUGACAACAACUUCACUGGUGUGCUACCACAGGCAUUGGGGUUGAACACAACACCAGGGCUUCUUCAUAUUGACCUUACUCGAAACCACCUCUGUGGCGCAAUUCCACCUGGUUUGUGCACGGGAGGCCAGCUUGCGGUUCUUGAUCUUGGAUAUAACCACUUUGAUGGAGGCUUUCCCAGUGAGAUUGCUAAAUGUCAGUCUCUGAACAGAGUUAAUCUGAACGAUAACCUGCUCAAUGGGAGCUUGCCUGCAGAAUUGGCCACCAAUAUAGGGUUGUCAUACAUAGAUAUGAGCAGAAAUCUGCUUGAAGGGACAAUACCUAGUGCGCUCGGUUCAUGGAGCAACCUCACAAUGCUUGACCUCUCCAGUAACAGAUUCUCGGGUCCAAUACCUCGUGAGCUCAGCAAUCUGAGCAAUCUUGCAACUCUGCGCAUGUCAUCAAACAGGUUGACUGGACCAAUACCACAUGAAUUGGGAAAUUGCAAGGAGCUUGCAAUUUUGGAUCUUGGAAAUAACCUUCUCAGUGGAAGUAUACCAGCAGAGAUCACAGCACUUGGUAGCCUACAGAAUCUACUACUUGGAGGAAACAACCUGAGUGGAACAGUACCAGACUCCUUCACUGCAACGCAGGCCCUCCUUGAGUUACAGCUUGGUGAUAAUUCUUUAGAAGGAGCUAUACCACGCAGCUUAGGUAGUCUUCAGUACAUCUCUAAAGGUCUUAACAUUAGCAAUAACAGACUGAGCAACCAAAUCCCAAGCAGCCUCGGCAACCUUCAGGAUCUGGAAGUACUUGACUUGUCGAACAACUCAUUGUCUGGUACAAUUCCAUCACAGCUCAGCAACAUGAUCUCACUCUCUAUUGUAAAUGUGUCUUUUAAUAACCUAUCUGGUCAGCUCCCUGCUGGAUGGGCUAAGCUUGUGGCGCGGUCUCCUGAAGGCUUUAUGGGGAAUCCUCAAUUGUGUGUAAACUCCAGCGACAUACCAUGCUUCAAGAGUCAAUCUGCGAAAAAUGGAACCUGGAAAAUACGGAUUGUUGUGGGGUUUCUACUGUCAUCUCUCUCUGCUAUGGUUGCUAGUUUGUUUGCUAUUCGUUACAUUCUGAAGAGGUCUCAGCACCUGUCGACGAAUCGUGUCUCGGUUCGUAGUAUGGAAUCAACUGAGGAAUUACCAGAAGAAUUGACCUAUGAAGACAUCCUUCGUGGCACUGACAACUGGAGCGAGAAGUAUGUCAUUGGAAGAGGUCGCCACGGUACAGUCUACAGGACUGAGUGCAAACUGGGAAAGCAGUGGGCAGUGAAGACAGUUGAUCUGUCACAAUGCAAGCUCCCCAUUGAGAUGAAGAUUCUGAACACGGUGAAGCAUCGGAACAUCGUCAGGAUGGCUGGGUACUGUAUCCGUGGCAGCGUCGGCAUAAUCCUCUACGAGUACAUGCCCGAGGGGACGCUGUUUGAACUAUUGCACAGACGGCAGCCUUAUGUUGCCCUUGACUGGAUGGUCCGGCAUCAGAUUGCCUUUGGUGUCGCACAAGGCCUCUCAUAUCUGCAUCAUGAUUGUGUUCCCAUGAUUGUUCACAGAGAUGUCAAGUCGAGCAACAUACUGAUGGACACCGAUCUAGUACCCAAGCUCACAGACUUUGGCAUGGGGAAGAUUGUUGCCGAUGAGGAUGCAGAUGCCACGGUGUCUGUUAUUGUUGGCACACUUGGCUACAUUGCUCCAGAGCAUGGAUACUCCACAAGAUUAACUGAGAAGAGCGACGUCUACAGCUACGGAGUAGUGCUACUUGAGCUCCUGUGUAGGAAGAUGGCUGUGGAUCCUGCAUUCGGAGACGGUGUGGACAUUGUGACAUGGAUGAGAUCUAACCUGGGGCAGGCAGCUGAUGGCCGCAGUAUCAUGAACUGCCUUGAUGAGGAGAUCAUGUACUGGCCUGAAGAUGAGCAGUCAAAGGCACUGGACUUGCUGGACCUGGCCAUGUCCUGCGCGCAGUUGGCUUGCCAGUCAAGGCCUUCCAUGAGGGAUGUAGUGAACAAUCUAAUGAGGAUUGACAGGUAAUGGUUAUCUGAUGAAGAUUUGAACAGCACUGUUAGGCCAACUGUUAUCUUAUAAAUAGUUAUCUGAUGAAGAUUUGAACAUGCAAAAAUGCAAUUGUACAGUUGAUACGAAUACUUGUUUACAAUUUUGUCUGACAGUCAAAAAUUUUCAGAUACCUAUCAGGGAAAAGAGUUACAGUAUUAUACUAGAAUAUGAUGGUGUUGUACCAUACAACUCAGGUUUCAAGUUAACCUGUAAAAGUUAUCUGUAAAUAACUUUCAAAAGGUAAAACAACUGUUUCCUAACCUGCAUCCUCCGAACAUGGUUGGUGUAUCCUCUCUCUGAACAUGGAUGAUGUAUCCUAUAUUGCGAACUGUUGGGAACUAAAGUUGAGCUAUCUGUCAAGAAAGAAUUUUUA